UAGUUGAAACGUGCAGUAAAAUCAGAGGGACAGGUGAACUGUGUGCAGAUCCUGGGUGUCCAUCCAGGGGCUCCUCACUAUGGUACUGACCAAGAGGUUCUCUAAGGACAUCGGCUCCAUGCUUCCUUCAGUGGAAGAGGCCAAGGAUGCGGAGGAGGAGGAGGAGGGGGCCCGCUCCAGUAUGGGGGGCAUCUCUAGCAGACCCCCCAGCAGACCUCGCCCAUCUCUCAGCAGAGGAAGUGUGGACAAUAAGAUUGUACAAAGGUCAUCUUCAGCGAGAUCCAGGAAUAAAGGAGACAUCGACAAUGAAAUAAUGGAGGUCUCCAAGUCUAAAGAAGAGGUGGUGGAGAAGACACCAGAGCAACGCCACGAAGACUUUGCAGGACGAAAAGAAAAUGAGGAAGACUGCGACACUGAUUUAGAAAUAGAAGAAGCCAAAGAUGCCUAUGAUCCCUCUGGUAAAGCCAGAUACCUAUCUGCCUGCCAGGUAUUUGGUGUUGUGCCAGUGUCAUACUUCUUGCGUCACAUGGGCGAUUCUAAUCUUGUGAUGAGGCAUCAUGGGCUAGGUGCACAGGCUGCAAAAGCAAUUGCUCUCUCUUUAGUAACCAACACUUCGAUUUUCAGUCUAAAUCUCAGUGAUAACUGGAUUGAGGGAGAUGGUGCAGCAGCCAUCGCAGACAUGCUUAAGGAAAACUGUUACAUUUCAGAGCUUCACUUGUGUGAUAACAGACUUGGGCUGAAAGGUGCCAAAGCGCUCUCAGCAAUGCUCCUGGAGAACGUUCAUCUGCAAAAGGUGUACCUAUCUGGGAAUGAGUUUGAUGACCGAGCAGCUUCCUGUCUUUCUAAUGCUCUAAUGAAUAACCAGAAGGUGGAAUGUAUGGACCUCAGCCAUAACAAGUUUGGAGAUGGUUCAGGUGAAAUUUUGGGAGCUGCCAUUGCUGAAAAUACAGGCAUGUUGGAGAUGAAUCUUAGCUGGAAUCAGUUUCGUUGGAAGGAAGCUGUCGCCAUUGCCAAAGGCUUAGGGGCAAAUAUUUUCUUAAGAGUUCUGGAUCUUUCAUACAAUGGAUUUGGCAACGAUGGUGCCUCUGCUCUAGGAGAAGCUCUGAAGAUUAAUAAUGUUUUAGAAGAGCUAAAUAUAAGCAACAACCGUAUUUCCUUACAAGGAGCUGUACGUUUUGCAUUGUGUCUUAAAGAAAACAAAACUUUAAAAGUACUAAAGAUGGCCAGAAAUCCAAUGCAGAGUGAAGGUUGCUUUGCCAUUCUAAAGUCUAUCCAGGCAAAUUCAGAGUCGGCUGUAGAGUCAUUGGAUUUCUCUGAUAUUGUAGUGAAUAAACAGUUUGAUGAUCUGCAUGCUGUUGUGAAAACAACUCUGCCAAAUUUGACAGUCAAACUUGGAGGGAAUUCUGACAUGUUCAAAAGAACCUUCCCAAAGGCAGAUCAAAUUAAAAAACUUAGACAAUAUGCAAAGGCGAGCAACCUGCAGCUGUCUGAAUUAUUCAGCCAAACUGAUGAGCAGAUUCAGAUGACUCAUGAAGACUUUAAACAGAAAUUAACAGUUACUGGAAUUAAAAUGCCAGAAGAAGAAACACAACAACUAAUAGACUUUCUGGACAAGGACAAAAGAGGCUUUGUUGAUUUCAGUGCAUUUCAGAAAGCCCUGUCUUCUUGAUCUGGAAAUACAGACAUUUAAAUAUUCAUUCUGAAAAGUCACCUCCUGUUGCAAUGUGUAUAUUUUAAAAAUAUUAUGUUGUCACUGUGGAUUUUACUAAUUCAGUUGCUUAUGUAGCAACUGUAUAACAGAACAGUAAAUAAUAUAUAGACCUAAUGUUAAAUUAUUUUGUGGGGAAAUACCUUCCUCCCAUCUUCUCUAUAAAAUAAAUGUAAAUUAAUGUGCAAUCACAUAUUUAAA